AUGUCGCCGUCUUCCUCUCUAAACAUGUUACAAAACUCGGACGAGUCAGCAACCACUAGUAGCACACCACUGACAACUUCGUCGCCAACAUUUCCACCUACCCAUUCGACAACGACGGACCCGAAUGACGAAGUCGGCUCAUUGUAUCACAAAAUAUUCGCUGACCGAGGUCCGAAUAAAAGAAAAAUUAAAAUGAAGGCAAUCGACCAGAUUGCUUUAGAUGUCACAGCUGACGAUGACUCCGAGUAUCAAGCUAGCGAGAAAGGAACCGAGCAAUACGACACCGACUCGGCGACAAUUGUGAGCGGCAACAAUUCAGGUCAGGACGUCGAGGUCGAUAUCGAAACAGAAACGGAAGCCGCUCCGAAGACUAAAGCACGGGGAGCUGACGAUUCUGAGACUAUCGAUCCCGAAGACACAGACGUUUUGGUAAAGAAUUUUUUGAAAAAAUGGAAACUCGAGGAUCCUGGAAUAUGCUGCAUCUGUCUCGAAGGUGCGACCACAGAAAGUAAUAUGUUGGUCUAUUGUGAUGGAGAUGAAUGCGAAGUAGUGUGCCAUCAAGAAUGCUACGGAAUCAUCAACCUGCCUGGUUCCGAUGAACCGUGGUACUGUGAUCGUUGCUUGGCUUCCGCGCCAGAAUGUGUGUCGUGUAUACUUUGUCCGAGUAAAAAUGGCGCAUUUCGCCGGCUUAAAGAAGGCGAAAGAUCUGGUGGAUGGGUGCACAUUGUGUGUGCUCUGUGGAUGCCAGGAAUGUGGGUUGGUAACAAUAUUGAAAUCACCAAUAUCACAAUUGAGAAUGUCGACCAAAAGAAUUGGUCAAAGAUUUGUUCCGUAUGUCCAUCCGAGAUAGCAAGUGAAGGUGCAACAAUACAUUGUGAUGCAGGGGGAUGCAAAAACUUCUUGCAUGUUACAUGCGCACACUCAAUGACUUUACUUGAAUGCAUAGAUGACGAUCCAAAUAUAUCGGACCCAUAUUUUGUGUAUUGCCAAAUUCAUGGAUCACAUGGUCCAGCUAAACUAAAUGAUUGGGAGAAAUGGUAUCGACGUCGGGACAAGUUUCUCGAGAAAAUAAGAAGCAAAGAGAGCAAAUUACGCGCACAAAAAAUGGCAAAUGAAGAUGAGGAUUUUGGCACGAGCUUACGCGAACUAUUUGAGGAUAAGUAUGCGGAAUAUAGAAUACGUCGUGAAACGCGGAUUGCUUCGAGUAGGCGAAAAGUCGCCGAAGCUACCUCUGCGAUUAACAUCUUGAAAGAGCAAAAAGAAAAGUCGAAAUCCGCAGAGACUGAGCAUGAUGCAAAAAUCGAGGAAGCCCGAAAAGAACGAGAGGCACUUCAAAAUUACCUUAGUUCUGUGCGAGAAAGUCUGAAGCUUUGCUCGCGAUUAAUAUAUGCUUUUCCGAUGCAAUUGAAUUGGGCCGAAAGUAAUGUCAAUCGAGAGCGGGAUACAGUCGAUCAAUUCAACGACCUUUUAUCGCGACCUGUAGUUUGGGAACCUAAGGCCGCGAUAAUUGCAAGAAGUAUUGAUGUAGAGAAUCUAGAUACAAGUUCCAUGGCUCCGAUAGGAGUCAAACCCCUAGUAGUUACCCAGACUCCUACCCCUAAAAGGAGGGGAAGACAAUCAACUGGUAGACGAACAAGAAAAGUUGGCCGUAGAUCGAAAAAAGUCGCGGAUGAAAAAGCCGCGAAUGUCAUCACGCCUCAACCAAGGACAUCGUUAGAUGUUGGAUCUUCCGCAAAGCCACCACCUAAAAGGAAAGGGCGUAAAUCUAAGAAACAAAAAGAGCUAGAAGAGCAGCAGAAAAAAUUAGAACAACAACAACAACACGAAGAGCAACCGCAAGAAGUUGACGAAGAACCUAAUGAAGAAGAACAAUCUCAAGAACUUGAGAAUAUGGAAUUCGAGGAAGAUCAUGACGAUGACAAGGAACAAGAUCAAAAAAUAUUUCCGACUAGAAAUUCUGUUGUUCGACCACCACACGAAAAUGGGAAUGAGACUAUUGAAGUUAAUCCUCUUCCCUAUCCUCGAAAUUCUUCUCCACCAAUUUCGCAAUCAUUUCCAUACAGUAAUAACUACAAUAGCAGCAAAAACAUCAAACAACCUCGUUACAACUCUCCGCCACCUCGUUCUGCUCCAGUUUCGCCACAAUCAUAUCCAUAUAAUAUUCCUUACCACAUUUCUCAUUCUCCGUCUCCGCCGUCCCCUCACACGCCAGUAGCAAAUUCAGUAGCAAGUCCAGUGACACCAGCAUCAGCCUCGUCAACAGUAGCCACGCCCAGAACAUCAACAACAAUAACCGCAACGACAACUUCAAGCCAGCCUGUAAAACGCAAACUUGAUGAAAUGACACAAGACCAAAAUUAUAGUGGUUCCGAUAGUGAACUGAGUGGCCCGGAGGAGACUAAUGACAUUAACGAGGUUACCGAGAUAGAAAGACAGCCGAGAAUGAUUAAAAGAGGCAGGCGAAUUACUAAAGUCGGCAGACCCUCAAAAUAUAGAAAACCUUUAGGACGACCGUCAAAAAAACCACAACAAAAACCAAUAAAGGUAAAACUUCCUCAACCCAUUUGUACAGUCUGUGAUAAAAUUGAACCGCCAUUAAAUGACCAAGCGCCCGAAUCGUAUGUCACUCCCACUAAAUCGCGAGCAAAAAGUAUCAUGAAUGGUCGGGAUAAAGUACACCGUAUGAUUCGCUGUGGAUUUUGUGAAAAAUGGUUCCACUUAGCUUGUAUCAACCCUCCAAGAAAGACUAUGCCAUCACCAGGGUUCGUAUGGCAGUGUGAAGAAUGCGAUACUCAAUUGCACUAA